AAAGCGCACUAAGGAUGUAGAGUAACUGCUCUCACUUUGCCAUUGGAACUCAGUCACAUAAAGAGUUCUCGCAUGACUGAAUUGGACAUACAGUAGCUACGGUAUAUUAGAUUUUUACCUUGGAUAUGGGUAACAUCACAGUUCAUCAGAACAUUACAUGCCAUGCCGAGCCAUACAAUAUUACAUGCUCAAAGGAACUGGUGGAAGAGUUUGUGGGUGGUGUGAUAUUAUCAUUUACACUGUCCGUUGUAAUUGGAUUGGUGAUUGGAGGUAUAAUAUGGAUUUUGGUCACCUGCUUGUCCCGUCGUCGAGCCAGUGCAGCUAUUUCCCCAAGAAUGACCAAUUCAUCAAGCAGACGUCCUAGGACAUCAUCCCAAAACCAUGCUUUAAACAGGUCUGGGUUUUAUCGGAAUAGCAGCUGUGAGCGUCGGAGCAACCUCAGCUUGGCUAGUCUGACUUUUCAAAGACAGACUUCCCAAGAGCAGCCUGACCCAUUCACUCGGAAACCUAGCUUCAGAGCAUCUACAUUCCAUCCAUUUUUGCAGGCUCCUCCCCUGACAGUUGAAGCUGACAGUCAACUUGUUACUCUACCCCGUACCAACAGCACUUCACCGACAAUCAACAACACCGGCAACCUUGGCCGACCCGAUUUCCACUGGUCAAGUAACAGCUUACGACUUGGCAACUCAACUCACACACCACCACCUGCUUAUGAAAGCAUCAUUAAGGCUUUCCCUGACUCUUGAAUAUGAUUGAUGGAUUAUUAUAGGACUGAGUAGUUUGAACAAUUGCCCUAAGCAUACAGAUGAAUAGUGAGCUGGCUAUUGUAUUAUUGUAGGUGGCCACCAGACAGAAAUAUGAGUAAGUACACACUGUACUGUAUACAUAAUUUGCACUAGACUAGUGCAUAAAACAAGUGUGCAGAUUUGGACUUAACAUACAGACCUUCUUAUUUACACAGUUUUAACAGGUGCACUAAAGUCUGCUCCAUCUCUGCCAUGGCUGUAGGGCUUGACCAUGACACAACAAUGUGUACUUGCUAAUGUAGAUCAAUAUAUAAAAUCAAAGCAGUUUCAUUGGUCUUAUAUUAUUGUUAAGUUCUUACAUAGUUUGUCAUAUUAUAAUAGUUCCUUUGGUAAGUAUAAUUUUGAAAAGCUAAAAAACAAGUUUAAUGCUUUGAGAUAAAAAGAUGCUGAGUCAAUAUUUGAUUUAUUAUACAGAUUGUGCAGUGCAUACUUACUAUGUCAAAUAUGCACACACGAAGAAUUGCUAAUUAUCAUCCUAUUGCUUGUAACAGCUGCUUGUCUGAAUAUUAGUAUUUCACCUAAAUAUUUGUAUCGUAUUAAAAUAUGUUAUUGUUCUUUCUGCCUACAGUGGCAUUGCUAAUACUUACAUUAAUGUCUCAUACUUCCAUAAUUUAAUAUUUGUCUAAACGUUUCUUCAGUUAUUCAUACAUGUUUUCUUGCUUCACUUGAAACUAGCCAUUGUCUGUCACAUGGGUUAAAAUGCCUUUGUAUUUUCUAGCACAAAUGUGGAAGAAAAUCCUCACUGCUUAAGUUCCAAUGUAUAGUGGUUUUAUUCCUAGACAUAAUAAAGGUUGAUUACACUCACACUUUAA